GCCGGGGCGCUCGGAAGGGACGGAAAUAGCUGUAACACCGACGGGACGCUGUGAGGGGACGGUGUUGGUGUGGCACUGUUGCACGCUUCAGGAGCCGGCGGAACCCGGUGGCCAUGGGGAUGUGGACGUCGCUGGACCCCAUGUGGGAGAUGCCGGCCGAGAAGCGUAUCUUUGGGGCCGUGCUGCUCUUCUCCUGGACCGUGUAUCUGUGGGAGACCUUCCUAGCACAGCGGCAGAGACGGAUAUAUAAAACAACAACUCAUGUACCAAUGGAAUUAGGACAGAUCAUAGAUUCAGAAACGUUUGAGAAAUCUCGACUGUAUCAGCUGGAUAAAAGUACCUUCAGCUUCUGGUCAGGACUCUAUUCAGAGAUUGAAGGCACUCUUAUUCUUCUCUUUGGAGGAAUCCCUUAUCUCUGGAGACUUUCUGGACGAUUUUGUGGCUAUGCUGGCUUUGGACCAGAAUAUGAGAUCACUCAGUCUUUGGUGUUUCUGCUGAUGGCUACACUUUUCAGUGCAUUGACUGGUUUGCCAUGGAGUCUUUAUAAUACUUUUGUGAUAGAAGAAAAACAUGGUUUCAAUCAACAGACUUUGGGGUUCUUCAUGAAAGAUGCAAUCAAAAAAUUCAUUGUGACUCAGUGCAUUUUAUUGCCUGUGUCUUCACUUCUACUUUACAUUAUUAAAAUUGGGGGUGACUAUUUUUUUAUUUACGCCUGGCUGUUCACAUUAGCUGUUUCUCUGGUGCUUGUCACAAUCUAUGCUGAUUAUAUUGCCCCUUUAUUUGACAAAUUCACACCUCUACCUGAGGGAAAGCUUAAACAAGAAAUUGAAAUAAUGGCAAAGAGUAUUGACUUUCCUUUGACUAAGGUGUAUGUUGUUGAAGGAUCUAAACGCUCUUCCCACAGCAAUGCUUAUUUUUAUGGCUUCUUCAAGAACAAGCGAAUAGUUUUGUUUGACACUCUACUAGAAGAGUAUUCUAUACUAAACAAAGACAUCCGGGAGGAGUCUGGCAUGGAACCCCGCAAUGAUGGAGAAGGGGACAGUGAAGAAAUAAAAGCUAAAGUUAAAAAUAAGAAACAAGGAUGCAAUAAUGAGGAGGUCCUUGCUGUACUAGGCCAUGAACUGGGGCAUUGGAAGUUGGGACACACAGUCAAAAAUAUCAUUAUUAGCCAGAUGAAUUCUUUCCUGUGUUUCUUCUUGUUUGCUGCAUUAAUUGGUCGAAAGGAGCUUUUUGCUGCAUUUGGUUUUUUUGACAGCCAACCCACUCUAAUUGGACUAUUGAUCAUCUUCCAGUUUAUUUUUUCACCGUACAAUGAGGUUCUUUCUUUUUGCCUAACAGUGCUGAGCCGCAGAUUUGAGUUUCAAGCUGAUGCAUUUGCCAAGAAACUUGGAAAGGCUAAAGACUUAUAUUCUGCUUUAAUCAAACUAAACAAAGAUAACUUGGGAUUCCCUGUUUCUGACUGGCUAUUUUCCAUGUGGCAUUAUUCCCACCCUCCACUAAUAGAGAGACUUCAAGCUUUGAAAAAUUCUAAACAAGACUGAGUUGCCCAGCUUCUGCAACUGACGGCAUUUCUACUUAUUUCUGUCCUGACAGCAUGUUCCGGCUCUUGAUGUUUUUAAACUUUUCUUUUUAAAGAAAACUAUUAAGUACAGAAAAGUCCAGAUUUAAAUAUAUUUAAUCCCAUUUUAAAAAUUAUUUUAAUAAUCCAUUUCUCAAUGCAAACACUGGAUGAAGUUUUAAGGCUUGUACUUUAACAUUGAAUUUACCAUCAACUUGUAGAAAAAAAUCUUAAGUGGAUUUUUAGAGAGAGAGCAAGAAACCCUGAUUUGUUGUUAUUUGCGCAUUCCUUGGUUGAUUCUUGUAUGUGCCCUGACUGGGGAUCAAACCUGCAACCUUGGCGUGUGGGGAUGAUGCUCUAACCAACUGAGCUACCCGGCCAGGGCCAUCAACUUGUAAGUUUUUUGAGCCAUGUAAGGUGUUUGGGGGCAUAUAUUUAAAAGAGGACACACCACCUCGGAGUCCUAUCUGUAAUACAGAAACUGCUUUCGAAGCACUGUGCUCAUACCCAAGUUGAGACUCAUUUUUACUUUCAUGCUGUUAUGAUUUAAUCUGGCCAAUCAGUGUUUUAAAUGAGGAAGAAAGAUAAUUGGUAAGGCUGAUGUUGUUUAAAUGAAAGUGGUUAGAAAUAUGCCCUAUUUUUUUACCAAAUUUCUCUGUUCCCUCUCUUGCUACACAUUGAUCAAGAAUUUCCAAUAGUGCUUUGAAAUUAUGUGUAGAAUGUUUCGAAUCAUUGGGUUUUAGUUUUGUUUUUAAGAAAAUCUUAGUCUUUAUCUUUCCUUCCACCUGGUUAGUAUGAUCAGAUCCACUAGCGGUAAACUAAUGGAUCUGUUUUCAGAACAUUCAGCUUUUUCCUCAUUCAUACUCUUUUAUUCAAUAGGUGGUAUAUCCUUUCACUUGGCAGAAUUUGCCAUAUUGAACAGAUUUUGCUAUUUUUAAAAUGAUAGAAUGUGGAAAGAAGAGAAAUAAUAUUUUAAGAGAUGUAAGGGUAAAAAUGCUGAUUCUCUUAUAAUAUUAUAGGAAAAUAUAUAGUUUUCUAUCUCUUUCAAGGGCAGAAGAGUUUCGGUUUUUAUUUUUAUAAUUUUUAUUAAUAAGUUGUAAGUACUAUUUAAUCGAGCCUGGUUGCAUUUUUUAAAAUUACACUUCUUGAUAUGCAGAUAAUUUUUCCUUUUUAAAACAAAUGUCACAAAAGAUUCUCUUUAAGUUUAAAAAGCUGCAUGUUUGCUUCAAAUCUCUGUACACUUCCUGUAUGAGAACUUUGUGGCUAAACUGCCACCCACGGGUAAUGCUUACCUUCUGGGCAUUUAUUCCAAAGUGGGAUCUACUGUGCACCCUUGGUAUGUGGCCAGAAAGUCUUUUGCUCAGCUCAUAACUGAGUGCUGUCUAGUUUAGUACAGCAUUAUUUAUGUCCCUAAGGCUAAAGAGGAGCAGUCCUGUGGUUUUAUCCAGCUUUGUCGUGGAUCCAUGCUGUGUUAACUGCCUUUCCUCCCUUCUGUGCCUUUAAACACAAAUUUUAGUUCUGCACAAAUGAAACAUUAAAAAUUGCCAAUUACAGAUUGA